AUGGCUACCAACAAAGACGAGAUCAUUGACCUCGCUAUCUCUCCUAUUACCCUUGACCCUCGCCCUGCCACUCCUGGUCCUGGCAUUUUUGUCCGCAACUCUCCGGCUGCAGGCACUGCUGGUCCUCCUGCUGGUGACAAUUCCAAAGAAAAGCCAAGUCCCGAUGCCGACUCUCCUGCUCCUGAGCCCCAGCACUCUUCUGGUCAUCACCGUUUCCUGACUCCCACAGAAUGGGCCCGUGUUGCCCACGGCUUAGGUGCCAUUUGCCCUAACGACAACGGUGAAACUCAUCAGGUCGUACAUCCGACGAGUUGUCUGUGGCCACCCAAGGGGCUUCCCGAUGGUCUGUAUCGUGACAUCGUGACUCAACGCUCCAAGUACUCGAUCGGCUACACCAUUCUGAAUGCUCUACACUGGAUCUUUCUAACUCUGCAGAUUGCGGUCGGUGCCUCACUGACCGCUCUGGGAUCUUCUGGGCUUGCUAGCCCCAGCUUUGACGACGAAAAUCCCAGAGAUGCCCCUAUUACCAUUCUCGCAGCGAUCAACACAGUUGUGGCUGGUCUCCUGGCUCUGAUGCACAACAGCGGUUUGCCAGAGAGGUAUCGCAAGGAUAUGAAUGAAUUUGACAAGAUUAAGAACCAUGUCAGGGAAAUCCUCGAUACCGGAAUCGUUGGGAUGGACCAGACAGUCGACGACGUUCUAGACGAAUGCUUCACUCUCUUCCAGACCGCAAAGGAUACCGUCACGUUAAACAAGCCCGAGUCCUACAACACGCCUAACCCGGAGCCUGGCAAGCAAGGCAAUCCGUCGCCUUGA